UACUCUGACCCAAUGGCGCCCUUUCUCGAGUCAGUGACGACGUUGCACUCCUCAAGCAGGGAGAGUUAUCUCCUUGCAGAAUUCUCGAGUUACCUUGCAAGUCGUACAAUUUAAUUCAAAUUAUGGUAUUAUUUUAGAACUGAGGGGCAGUGAGAUGACCAAUGCGACUGCGCAACAGUAUACUAGUGCGCAUGCGCUGUGUUGAUUUGUAUCCGCAAAGAACUGCAUCGAUCCUAAACCGGUGCAGCGUGAAUGUACACAGAGGACGGGCAGGUUUUAGCACAACUUGAAGGGUUAUUUAGACAAACCGGGGCCUGUCCAUUAUGGCUCAGUUUGGGGGACAGAAGAAUCCGCCGUGGGCUGCUCAGUUUGCAGGCUCGGCAGUCUCCCAGCAGGGUCAGUCUCUUGACAUGAACAGCCUGCACUCAUUAGGGGUUCAGCCGCCCUCUCUGCUUGGAGCCUCCCCAGCAAUGUACUCCCAGCAGUCUGCCAUGGCAGCAGCCAGCCUCAACUCCCAGUCUGCUGCAGCAAACUACCAGCUGUCCCAACAAACAGCUGCCCUGCAGCAGCAAGCUGCCGCUGCAGCUGCCGCAGCCCUGCAACAGCAGUAUCAGCAACAACAGCAGCAGCAACAGCAGCCGCCGCCACAGCAGACCAUGUACAGCGUCCAACAGCAGUUACAGCCGCCCCAUCAAGCCUUGCUUUCUCAGCCAUCUGUCGCCUUGCCUACCAGCCUUAGCCUCACUAACCCCCAGCAAACAGCACAGAUCACUGUCUCCUACCCAGCACCGAGGUCAAGCCAGCAGCAAACCCAGCCACAGAAACAGCGAGUGUUUACUGGGGUAGUUACCAAGCUGCACGACACAUUUGGAUUUGUAGAUGAAGAUGUCUUCUUCCAGAUAAGUGCCGUUAAAGGCAAGACACCACAAGUAGGAGACCGGGUGCUGGUAGAAGCUGCAUAUAACCCAAAUAUGCCGUUCAAAUGGAAUGCACAGAGGAUACAGACCCUGCCUCAUAUGUCUCCACAAAUGGCAAGUAUAAUUUCUGGUGUCGUCAACUUCUUUCUAAUCUUUAGUAGUGUCGUAGAUAAUCGCUAUUUUUGUUGUUGUUUUUCCAGUUGUUACAAUGUAUUCUAUUUACAGAACCAGCCACAAGGUCCACCUCUGCUUAAGGCCAACCCUGCUAUGAUGCAGUCCCUUCCUCCACCGCCUUCCUUCAGCCUCCAGGCCCAGGCUCCGCCCCCCUGUCUAUUACAGGCUCAGUUAUCGGCUGCCUCCCUGGCCCCUCUGCUGCAGAACCCACCACAGCCUCUUCUGCCCCAGCCACCUCAGAAAGAUUGUGUCUUUUCAGGAGGCCUGCUCCAGCCUCCUGUGCGAAUGAUGCCUCAGCCCCAGCCAGCACGGAGGUUAGACCCAGUACCAAGGUUUCCAGUUCGAAAUGACAGAGUCGAUCUAAUGGUCAACAGGAAGGACGACAGAAGCCGUGAACGGGAGCGGGAGAGGAGGCGGUCCCGGGAGCGCUCUCCCCAGCGGAAACGCUCUCGAGACAGGUCCCCCCGCAGAGAGAGGUCCCCCAGGAGAACUCGUAGAGUCGUCCCUCGAUACACUGUACAGUUCUCAAAAUUCUCCCUGGACUGCUUUAAUUGUGACAUGAUGGAGCUCAGAAGGCGUUACCAGAAUCUCUACAUCCCUAGUGAUUUUUUUGACGCUGAGUUCACUUGGGUAGAUGCUUUCCCGGCAUCUCGACCCUUUCAGUUUGGAAACUAUUGCAAUUUCCACAUAAUGCACAGAGAGGUAGAUUCAUUGGUAAAGAACACAUCUGUUCUGGACCCUCCAGAUGCAAACCACUUGUAUAGUGCAAAGGUGAUGCUUCUAGCAAACCCCAGUUUGGAAGAGCUCUACCACAAGUCAUGUGCUCUUGCUGAUGAUCCUCAGGAGCUUCGCGAGGCAUUCCAGCAUCCUGCUAGACUAAUCAAGUUCUUAGUCGGCAUGAAAGGAAAGGAUGAGGCCAUGGCUAUUGGUGGACACUGGUCCCCAUCUCUUGAUGGAGCCAACCCAGAGAAAGACCCUUCUGUGCUGAUAAAGACUGCUAUCCGUUCUUGUAAGGCUCUCACAGGCAUUGAUCUGAGUUUAUGCACACAGUGGUACCGUUUUGCAGAGAUUCGCUAUCACCGCCCCGAGGAGACCCACAAGGGGCGUACAGUUCCAGCUCAUGUGGAGACAGUGGUUUUAUUUCUCCCGGAUGUUUGGCAUUGUCUUCCUACCCGCUCAGAGUGGGAGACCCUCUCCCGUGGAUACAAGCAGCAGCUGUCCGAGACGCUUCAGGCUGAACGAAAGGAGGCUGAUGGAGAACAGGAGGAGGAAGAAAAAGAUGAAGGGGAAUUGAAAGAGAUCUCCACUCCUACACACUGGUCAAAACUUGAUCCGAAGUCCAUGAAGGUAAAUGACCUUCGUAAGGAACUGGAAAGUCGGAGUCUUAGUUCCAAGGGCUUAAAGUCACAGCUGAUAGCCAGGCUGACAAAACAGCUGAAAGUGGAGGAACAAACGGAUGAAAUUAAAGAGCCUGAGAAACCAGUGAAGGUGGAGGAGGAAGAGGAAGAACAGCUGAAGGUCGAAGAAGACAAAGAGGAAGAGGAGAGGAAGCGUCAGGAGGAAGCAGAGCGUCAGCGCCGAGAAAGACACUAUAUUCUUCCUGAUGAACCCACCAUCAUCGUACACCCCAACUGGACAGCCAAGAACGGCAAAUUCGACUGCAGCGUCAUGUCACUAAGUGUCUUGCUGGACUACAGACUAGAAGACAACAAAGAACACUCUUUUGAAGUCUCCUUGUUUGCAGAGUUGUUCAAUGAAAUGCUUCAGAGAGACUUUGGCUACAGGAUAUACAAAGCACUGGCUGCUAUUCCUCUGAAGGAUGAAAAGAAGGAGAAGAAGGAAAAGGCAAAAAAGGAAGUGGAGAAAAAAGAGGCAGAAAAAAAGGAAGCAGAGAAGAAAGAUUGUGAUAAAAAGGAAGCUGUUAAGAAGGAGGAAGCCAUAAAGGGGGUCAAGGAAGAAAAAGAGGAAGACAGUGGAGAGCCAGCUGCAAAAAAAAUAAAGAUCCCAGAUGAAAAGGAAGAGAAAAAGGUUUCAGCAUUGACUCGCAGAGUAACAAGGUCUUUCACCAAAUCUUCUUUCCAGGAGAAGGAAAAGGAGGAGAAAAAAGAGGAAUCUAAAGAGGAUGAGGAAAAUGAAGAGGGGAGUAGUAAUCCUAAUCUGGAUGAGUACGACCCCAUGGAAGCUGAGGAGGCAGAAGAUGAUGACGAAGAAGAAAAAGAAGAAGAAACGAGCGAUAAGGACAAAAAGGAUGAGAAAAAAGAAGAAAAGAAGUCAAAAGAGAGGUCUUCGAAAGACAAGGAGAAAGAAAAGAAGCAGAUGACUACUUACAAUAAAGAUCUUCUGAUGGCAUUUGUUUAUUUUGAUCAAAGUCACUGUGGAUAUCUCCUUGAAAAAGACCUGGAAGAAAUAAUGUAUACUAUUGGGCUGCAUCUGUCUCGUGCCCAGGUUAAGAAAUUGCUAAAUAAAACCGCUGUACGGGAAUCCUGCUUUUACCGGAAGCUGACUGAUCGUGCGAAAGAUGAAGCAAUCCCAGAAAUACCUGAAGCACCACAGGAGUUGCUUCUUGGAAACAAAGCCCUACUGCCCUGCCAUAAUGUACAACAGGAACAAUAUGAGUCGCAAGAAGCAGGCAGUCUCAUAGUUUACAAUGGUGCCAUGGUGGAUGUGGGGAGCCUGAUUCAGAAACUGGAGAAGAGUGAGAAGGACAGGGAAGGGAUUGAGCAGAAGCUUCAGUCUCAGGAGGCAAAGAUAGAGGAAGAUGCAAAUAGCAUAUUGCAACUGGAGACUGCCAAGAAGAGCUUCUCUACAGAGCUUGAAGAUGUCAAAAAUUGCCUUGGCCAAACAGAAGAGAAUUUGAAAGAUUCAAAAGAGAAGAGAUCCUGUUUUGAAGAGCAUCUACAUAAAACUGCCACAAGUUUGAGUAUAGUUCUGAAUGAACUGGAAAGUGUUUUAAGAAAGGAUAAUUCUCAAUCUGAAGAGAAUGACCAAAAAUCAAAAGAGAAUGGAUCUGACGAAUGAUGUUGCUGCCUUUUCUUUGGAAAGAUUGUGCUAGAUAAUGCUGUAAAUAAGAAAACUAAAGAUCUGAAAGUGAAUCAACAUGUUUUAUUUUUAGUGCUUUUCUGUUGUUGCUGUGUACAGAAUUUUAGGGACGAAUGUUAACACAGAAAACUGCUUGAGAUUCAUGCCAAUUGAAUUGCUAAUACCAUUAAAUAAUUUUCGUUGCAGAAGGUUUAAGGUUCAGCUGUAAUAUUUUAAUGUUAUUAAAACUAAUUUGAAUCUAAGUUUUUAUUACGAAGGUGUAAUUCAAUAGUUUUGUCUAAUUUGAAACCUGUUUUAAUUGUGUGCCAACAACAAUAUCAUUGAAUUUCUGAAACUAAAUCUCCAGUUUUCACCAAACAAAAAUAAAAAGUAGUGCAGUGAUGA